GCGCGCUGCACCGUUUCAUCAGAUACAGCAUAUGCAGGUAACGGGCUAUGUUAUGGUAAAAGGAGGUUGAAAUGAUAUUGUGGUUAUGGGUGCUUUAGUGUUAUUUAACGUGCGCCACGAAUCAGUUUAGUUAUUUAAAAAACACGUUUUCAAACAUAGUUUAAUGUUUAUUAGUCAACAUCACGUCAGGAUUCGGGUGUAUAAAGUACCGUUAUCACUCUAUUUCCUCCCACUCGUCUCUAUAUGUUUCCUGUGAUUGGGUUACCAGAGACAUUUCGCCCAAUCCGACCAAUUGCAACCAAACGUCGCUUCUUCUGGUUGUGGAAUACAGACGGAGUUCUGGAUUUGGGAAUACUGCGUGAUCGUGAGUGUGAAAGAAUAUGUUUAAUACUUCGGUUCGGUUCUGUCUGGAUCUUUUUAACAACUUGACCUUGUAAUGUGGAAAAACGACAAGAACAGUCCUAAGCACGGCUUUGGAGUCCAUACAUUUAGUGCGAUUUGUGUUGAACAGAUAUAGCCAACACCUGGGGAAAUAUCGAAGUAUUUCUUCUUGGUUUGACGUGUCUUUGCUGGCCUCAGUAUGAUGAAGUUUAGGUUCCGAAGACAAGGAAAUGACCCACAGAGAGAAAAAAUCAAACAGGACCUCUUUGCAUUCAGCAAGAUGGUUGAACAUGGAUUUCCUAGUCAGCCUAGUGCCCUGGCCUAUGACCACAUGCUGCAGCUCAUGGCUAUUGGCACUAAAUCUGGAGCCGUGAAAGUAUAUGGAAAGCCGGGGGUGGAGUUUAUUGGCGCGCACAAAGAGACAGCCGCCAUCACGCAGAUGCACUUCCUGCCCGGCCAGGGGCGGCUGGUGUCCCUGUUGGAUGAUAACACGCUACACCUGUGGGAGGUGAGGCAAACUGAGACCUGCUCGCAUCUGGAGGAGAGCUGCAGCUUUGUGUUGCCAGGGCGACCAGGCCUCAAUGCCACCAGUUCUGCCCGUGUGACUGUUCUCCUGGUGAAGGGCAGCUGUGACCUGCUGUGUUUGGGCACGGAGGGAGGUGGAGUCCACUUCCUGGAGUUGCCCCAGCUCCAGCCCUCUGGCGCUGGGUCUCUGUUCCCUGAGGAGAUCAUGCAGAGUGUUCCAGAGGACUACAGGUGUGGGAAAUCUCUCGGGCCCGUGGAGUCCCUUCAGGAACACCCGCUAUGCACUGGGAAAAUUCUCAUUGGCUACAGCAGGGGCCUGCUGGUUCUCUGGGAUUUACAUACUCGGUGUGUGGACAGCCUGUUCCUUGGCAACCAGCAGCUGGAGAGUGUUUGCUGGGAGAGCAGCGGAGAGGUCUUGGUCAGCUCCCACAGCGAUGGGACCUACGCGGUGUGGGCCAUGGAUGACACCAGUCCCUGCACACAGCAGCCCGUCAGCUCUGUCACACCUUACGGGUCAUUUCCCUGCAAGGCCAUCAGCAAGAUCCUGUGGAGGAGGACGGAAUCGGGGGCCCCUCUGGUGCUGUUCAGUGGGGGCAUGCCGAGAGCCAGCUAUGGAGACAGACACUGCGUGACUCUGCUGCAGGAGAACACGCAGGUGGCCCUGGACUUCACCUCCCGCGUCAUCGACUUCUUUACCGUCCACAGCACAGAGUCCGAAAAGAGUUUUGAUGACCCCACUGCCCUGGUGGUCCUUCUGGAAGAGGAGCUGGUUGUAAUUGACCUCCAGACCACAGGGUGGCCCACUAUUCCUUGUCCGUAUCUUGCACCACUGCACUCCUCUGCCAUCACCUGCUCGUACCACGUAUCCAACGUGCCAAGCAAGCUUUGGGAGAGGAUCAUUCGUGCCGGCCAGCUCCAGUGUCCCACACUGCCUGAGGGGAAGUGGCCAAUCAGUGGAGGGAAUAAUCUAGCAGCAGAUCCACAGCAGCAGGAGCUGCUGCUUACAGGCCAUGAAGACGGCACUGUUCGCUUCUGGGAUGCUUCCCAGGUGUCUCUCAAACUCCUGUACACACUGAGGACAGCCAGCGUCUUCCACACAGAUGGUGACCAUGGCGAUGGCGACCACGGCGAUGGCCUGAGCCAGACUGGGGAGGAGUCGUGGCCACCCUUCAGGAAGGUGGGAUCUUUUGACCCCUAUAGUGAUGACCCCAGGUUGGGAAUACAGGAAGUGUGUCUGUGUAAAUACAGCGGCCGACUGGUGGUGGCUGGGACAGCAGGCCAGGUUCUGGUGAUGCGUUUUAGUGACGAGGCGUCGGAUCACAUGAUCGACAUGGCGACUGUUGACCUCCUUCAGCACCGGGAGGGCUUUACGUGGAAGGGACAUGACCGACUGACCCCCAAAACUGAGCCCUUCAGCUUUGCCCCCGGCUUCCAGCCCGUCGUCCUGGUGCAGUGCCUGCCCCCGGCGGCCAUCACCGCGGUAACUCUGCACGCAGAGUGGAACCUCGUCGCAUUCGGCACCAGCCACGGAUUUUGCCUGUUCGACUACCAUCGUCUGAGAUCCGUGCUGGCCAGGUGCACACUGCACCCAAACGACAGUGUGGCCCUGGAGGGACCCCUGUCCCGUAUCAAGUCCCUGAAGAAAUCACUGCGCCAGUCCUUCAGAAGGAUCCGGAAGAGCAGAGUUUCUGGGAAGAAACGUGCACCUGUAAGCAGUCCCGUCAGCAAGGUGCAGAAGCCCAGAGUUCAGCUCACAGAGCAGAUGAGGCCACCGUACGCAGGGGUGACCCCAGCACAGAGGCGGAUCGAACCCCGGUCUGUUGAUGACUCGCUCUCUGGGGUGGUGCGCUGCCUGUGCCUGACUGACACCUACCUGAGAGACGGUGUGUCCCAUGGCCCCACCGUGUGGGCGGGCACGAGCUCGGGCACGGUGUACGCGUACGUGCUGGAGCUGCCUCCGCAGAAGUCCUCGGAGCGGGGCGUGGAGGCCGUGCUGGGCAAGGAGAUCCAGCUGAUGCACAGGGCCCCUGUGGUGGCCAUCGCUGUGCUGGACGGGCGGGGCGUCCCCCUGCCCGAACCGUACGAGGCCUGGCAGGACCUGGCCAAGGCCCCCGACAUGCAGGCCAGCCACUCCGUCCUCAUCGCCUCUGAGGAGCAGCUUAAGGUGUUCACGCUGCCCAAGAUAAGUGCCAAGACUAAGCUGAAGCUGACUGCGCAGGAAGGCUGUCGGGUGCGUAAGGUGGCCCUGGCCAGCUUUGGCGGUACGUCGGCGGGGGAGUACAGCGAGGACGCCCUGGUGUGUCUCACCAACCUGGGCGAGGUCCGCGUGUUCAGCCUGCCGGCGCUGCGGCCUCAGGUGCGCUACGACUGCAUGCGCAGGGAGGACGUCGCCGGGAUCACCUCCUGCACCCUCACUAGGACGGGACAGGGUUUCUACCUGACUUCCCCCUCGGAGUUUAAGCGUUUCUCCCUGUCCACGCGGGCUGUCGUAGAGGCGCGCUGCUCCCUAGAUGUGAAACGGCCCCAUGACUCACCUGCCCUCAGGGAUGAUGCAACAAUGGCUGUUCAGGCUAAUGGAACACACAGAGCGCACCCUGCUGGAGAGAGCCCGUCACUGCCGGAAGCAGAAGGAGUUCCAGAAGAGAUGCAGAGCUCUCUCUCCUCCCCCUCCCUGGACUCCCCCAGCAGCUGCGCUGACAUCACACUCGACAUCACUGGUGACAUCUCCUCUGAGGAUGUCAAAGAGUUCUUAGUCUCGGAGGACGAGACGGGUAAUAACUUCAGGAACGUCUCCGAAGAACCUGGAGUGCCGCCCGGGAUCCUAAUUAACUAAAGAGUCUCAAAGUAGACCACCGCCGACAGACCACUGCUGUUACUAUACAGCUGCUGGCUGACUGAAGUGGACAGACCGACUACAUUGGGAUGGGCAGAUAUUAGAGUUCUCUUUUCUGUUUUCCUGAUCAGGUUUCUUUUAAAAGAAUCCUAUGCUGUGAAUCCUAUGUAGUCUCACCCAUGCAUUGGAUGAUCUGCUAGAAGCACAGGGAACAGGAGAUGAAUGUGCAGGACAGAGAUGGCAUUUGCUCAGGUAGAACACUUGCUGUGUACAUGUGUCACCAGCCUAGAAACUACAGUACCAGUGUUGCCAUGACGCCCGUCAAGGUCAAAUGGCUGAACCUUUCAAAGGAUAGUCUCUGUAGCGGUGCAGGUUUGUUAUUCCUUCUAUAGAAAGGCUUUUCUGACAGCCUGGAGAUCAGUGAAAAGUUAUUUUGGACCCUGUGGGUUUGAACAUAUUUUUUCUGUUUCACAUAACUCGUGCUGACUUGCCCAAGCUGAAGAAAGUUUUCUCAUCAUUUUGAGAUGGACUACAGUAGAUAUACUGUAGCUUUUUCUUCUUUGCAAAAAUUACAGUUGUAAAAUAAUGCAUUAUACAUAAUGAUGUAGUUCAUUUUUACAUACUGUUACUUUACUGGUAAACAUCAGGAAAUUAUUUGGUCAGUGUGUUGAAGUUUACCAUUGACAGAAAGAGUGUUCAACAAGACUUAAAGAAUUUUAGAAGACACUCAUCCAUCCAUCCAUUAUCUACACCUGCUUAUUCCUACUGAGGGUUGUGGGGGGUGCUGGAGCCUAUCCCUGUGUGCAUUGGGCAAGAGGCAGGAAUACACCCUGGACAGUUCACUAAUCUAUUGCAGGGCACACAGACCAUUCCCUCACCAUUCACUCAUACACUCAUACCUAUGGGCAAUUUAGAGUUUCCAAGUAGCCUACCAGCAUGUCUUUGGACUGUGGGAGGAAACCAGAGUACCUGGAGGAAACCCACGCAGACACGGGGAGAACAUGCAAACUCCACACAGAAAGCAUUUUAAAUAACAUUUGAAUAAAACUUUUGAUUACAUAGGGCCCAAUAACAUUUUUUUAAGCUCUGUUCAUAUUAAUGCGUUAUGAAGGAAAACUAAUUUUGUGGUUUUUGACUGACAUUAGUUGUACCGUGGGUAGUAUUUUAUAUUUGUGUGAAGGCUGAAAAGUAAAGGCCCACCAGUUUUCCUUUUGAAUAUUUUAAUGCCUGGUAACUAUGGUAUUAGUCUUAGUGCCGAUUGCUUCAACAGGGAACAGGGCACUUAACUCCACCAGCAAUUGUCAGGGAAACUGAGAAAGUUAUAUCAUAUUCAAAACAUUGUAUUGCUUUUAAAACGUUUACUAAAUAAAUACUGUGUGUUAACCAGUAAUAAAAAAUUAUGAAUUUAACAAAGAACCUUGUUGGACAGGGCUGGGCAAAAUAGUGUAGCUUGUCAUACUGGUUUCAUAGAAUUGGUUUAUAAUUUGCAUGUGGCUGACAGAGUUCUCAUUUUCAGAUUCUUACAUUUAUUUUCCUUGAAACAAAGGUGAAAAUUGUUUUAAAUAUAUAUACACUGGCACCUGUCCCAUGGAACUGAGGGUGUAGUACUUUACAUUUAAUAUUUAUCUAAUUUAUGUAGUCAUUACAUCUUACUUUGUCACUGAGUAAUGUUGAAUCUAAUGUUAAUAAACUAUUAAAUGCGU